CCCCCCAUCUCGGGAUGAUCCGCGAGAGUCCAAUCUCGGGUUCCUGAAUUCACAGCUAUGAGGUCGUUUGGCUCUAAAUCUCUGAGUGUGCUUGCUCUGGCAGCCCAGGUGACCGGUCUGGGAGUGGAGAAGAGGGGUUUCGAUGUUUUCCAGUAUGUCGACCCCUUCAUUGGGACGAGCAAUGGGGGUCACGUGUUUCCCGGAGCAACCCUGCCAUUUGGGAUGGCCAAGGCGGUCGCGGACAUUGAUGAUCCAAACGAGAAGCAAGGAGGAUUCGCAUCCGGCGACAGUGAUAUUACAGGCUUCUCGCACAUGCAUGACUCGGGAACUGGAGGUUCACCAUCACUGGGAAACUUCCCCUUCUUCCCUCAGAGCGGAUGCCCUGAAGAUUUAGUGGACAAUUGCUUCUUUACCAAAACCGAUCGAGCGUCUAAAAGGAUCAAUGGCACUGCUGAAGCUCACCCCGGCUAUUUUGCAGUGAGCUUGAAUACUUCCAUCCAUACAGAAAUGACGGUAUCGAACCAUACUGCUCUAUAUCGACUUACGUUCUCCAAAAAUGCAACCACCGCGCAGAACACGCCCCUUCCUAGCAGUCCUCUAAUUCUGUUCGACCUGACAGAUCUUCCGGACUCUCGUAUCAAUGGGAGUAUUGCAGUUGAUGAAAAGACCGGCCGUAUCACAGGAAAUGGGACAUUCAGUCCCUCUUUCGGUCUUGGCACCUAUGAUCUUCACUUCUGUGCAGACUUCUCUGGGGCAGCGAUCAGGGACACUGGUGUCUUUAUGAAUAAUCGCGCUGGUAGUCAACCUAAAUCCUUGAGAGCUGUUCAGAAUGGGAAUUCCCCACCGACUCCGGCCGGGGCAUGGACCCAGUUCAAGGAGCCCGCCAACGACCAACUUUUGGUACGUGUUGGAGUCUCGUUUAUCAGUGUUGAGAAGGCUUGCAACAAUGCACAGACGGAAAUCCCAGAGUUUGACUUCGAUAAAGUCUUGCAAUCGGCGGAAGAUGCGUGGAGAGAUAAGCUUUCGGUCCUUGAAAUUGAUGCCACGGGGGUUAGCGAAGAGUUGCAGACAAUCUUUUGGUCAGGUGUCUACAGGGCUAUGAUCUCACCCCAGGAUUACACUGGCGAGAACCCUCUUUGGGAAAGUGACGAGCCGUAUUAUGAUUCUUAUUAUUGCAUCUGGGACUCUGCCCGGAGUAUCCAUCCGCUCUUGACUUUGCUCGAUCCGCAUAGUCAGACGCUGAUGGUGCGAAGUCUGAUUGAUAUUUAUCGACAUGAGGGCAAACUUCCAGAUUGCCGCAUGUCUCUGUGUAAGGGAUAUACCCAGGGUGGAUCGAACGCAGAUAUAGUACUUGCGGACGCGUAUCUCAAGAACAUUACAGAGGGAGUUGACUGGGAGACCGGGUACGAAGCCGUCGUCUCUGAUGCUGAAGACGAGCCUGUAGACUGGGCAGUUGAAGGCCGUGGCGGGCUGGCAAGUUGGAAGAGCCUUGGCUACAUCCCCACCGAUGACUUUGACCCUUCUGGUGGAGGUGGUCUGUUCACCCGGUCCAUCUCUCGCACUGUUGAAUACGCCUACAACGAUUUCUGCAUCGCCGAGAUGGCCAAGGGACUAGGGAAGACCGCUGAUGCUGAGAAGUAUCUCGCCCGCUCCAACAACUGGAAGAACAUGUACAAGGCCGAUCAGAAAUCCUACGUAAACGGUAGUAACGCCUACCCGGACUCGACCGUCGACAGCGGCUUUGUUGGUUUCCUCCAACCCCGCUACCUCAAUGGCACCUUCGGAUAUCAGGAUCCCAGCUUCUGCUCCCCCCUCCUUUCCUUCACCUCCUGCUACCUAAACCCGGACGGGCACGAAACCUACGAAGGCAGUUCCUGGCUCUACACCUUCUUCGUCCCCCAAGACAUGUCCAGCCUAAUCACCACCCUCGGCGGCCCCACCUCCUUCGUCUCUCGCCUCACCUACCUGCACACCUCGGGCCUUCUCUACAUCGGCGACGAGCAAGCCUUCCUCCCCGUCUUCCAAUUCCACUACGCCGGCCGCCCCGCCCUCUCCGCCCUCACCUCACACUCCUACAUCCCCUCCCAAUUCAACACUUCCGUCUCCGGCCUCGCCGGAAACGACGAUUCGGGCGCUAUGGGCUCUUUCAUCGCGCUGUCUAUGCUCGGUCUCUGGCCUGUCCCGGGACAGGAUGUAUAUCUAAUCACCCCCCCGUAUUUCCCGAGUAUCAGCCUCACCAAUAGACAGACGGGCAAGACGGCCACGGUUCGCAAUGUGGGUUUUGAUGCGGGGUAUGAGAAUCUGUAUAUUCAGAGCGCGACGUUGAAUGGGAAACCGUGGACUAAGAAUUGGCUUGAUCAUAGCUUCUGGCUUGAGGGGGGUACUUUGGAGCUUGUGUUGGGAAAGAAUGAGAGUUUGUGGGGAACGACGGAUGGGGAUUUACCGCCUAGUUCGUCGGGAGGGUGGUGAGUUCGGUGUAAGUCAC